CGGUACCAGUUCCCCGUACGGUCGCGCGUCCAUCCUCGUGCCUCAAACUCUUUCGUUCCUCUUCGUCCACGUCUGCUCCCCGGUGCGGUACCUCUGAAAUCGAGAUCGAAAUUUUGAGAGAAAAAACACACAAACGACAAUUCCCCGUUUCGCGUAGUCGUCCGGCGACUCGGGAAUCGGCGUUGGCCCGAGUCGAGCGAACGAGACGAGACUCAGACGAUCGGUUGUUCGUCGUUGGUGCGUGUCCAGAGGCACCUUGGCCGUUUGGCGAGACGUCACCGGAGAAAUAACCAGCGGGGAAAACACGAAAUCGAUAGUGUCGUGGCAACGAGGUUUCGGACUGACCCUGCUUGGCGCGCGGCUAACCGACGGUGUCCGCGCCUUUCGAAACGCUCGGGUUUCGCCGGAGGAACGGAGGAGACGCGCCGUGUGGAUCGUACGCGAGAUCGGGAUCGAGAGGACACGUGGCCAACGCGUCGCGUCAUCCUGCGAUCUACGGAGAAACGGAGCCAGGGAAACACGUGUGUGCAGUCAGUGUCACCGACUUUGUGAUCGCGACGGAAACCGAGGACGAACAUGGCGAACAGGAGGUGUACCGGAAGUGCCCUGCUGGCGGUCCUGGUCGUCGUUUCGUGCGCCAGGACGGAGGAAGAGGUCCCAGCCGUCUCACAAACCGCGGCUAUGAACUACCUGUCCCAUUUCGGUUACCUGCAACCUAUAAAUCCAACGAGCGGUGGAAUCAUAUCGCAAGAAACACUAUCCAAAGCAAUCGCAGAGUUCCAAUCUUUCGCCGGAUUGAACAUAACAGGUGACUUUGACGAGGAGACCUACAAGCUGAUGGCAUUGCCGAGGUGUGGCGUUAAAGACAAAGUUGGCCCCGGAUUUGCAAGGUCCAAGCGUUAUGCUCUUCAAGGCUCGAGAUGGCGCGUAAAGAAACUGACGUACAAGAUCAGCAAGUAUCCGCAACUUUUGCCGCAGCACAAAGUCGACACCGAGCUGAGCAAAGCGUUCAAAGUGUGGUCGGACUACACGGAUCUCACUUUCGUCCAAAAGAAAUCGGGCCAGGUCCACAUCGAGAUCAAGUUCGAGACUGGCGAACACGGUGACGGAGAUCCCUUCGAUGGACGCGGCGGCACUCUGGCCCACGCUUACUUCCCUGUUUACGGUGGCGAUGCCCAUUUCGACGACGCCGAACUGUGGACCAUCGACAGCUUCCGUGGUACGAAUCUCUUCCAAGUCGCCGCCCACGAGUUCGGUCAUUCCCUCGGUCUGAGCCACAGCGACGUCAAAAGCGCCCUUAUGGCGCCCUUCUAUCGCGGCUACGAGCGCUACUUCCGGUUGGACGACGACGACAUCCAGGGUAUUCAGGCUUUGUACGGAAAGAAGACUGUGAACACCGGUGGAAUCCCGACUGGGCCUAAAUUCGGAACGACGACUUCCGCGCCGCCUAGCGAAGAAGACUCGGAACUGUGCACGGACCCAAAAGUCGACACAAUGUUCAACUCGGCGGAGGGGCACAUGUAUGUGUUCAAAGGUGAUCGUUAUUGGAGAUUAACCGCGGACGGCGUGGCGGUGGGCUAUCCGAAAUUCAUUUCUCAUUCGUGGAAAGGUCUGCCAGGGAACAUAGACGCUGCCUUCACUUACAAGAACGGAAAGACUUACUUCUUCAAGGGUUCGAAAUAUUGGAGAUACGUGGGCAAGAGAAUGGAUGGAGAUUACCCGAAGGAGAUCAGCGAAGGUUUCACAGGAAUUCCGGACAACAUCGAUACCGCGACCGUGUGGACCGGAAACGGCAAGAUCUACUUCUACAAGGGCACCAAAUUCUGGAGGUUCGACCCUGCGCAGAAACCACCGGUGAAGAACACGUAUCCUAAGCUGACCUCGAACUGGGAAGGCAUCCCGGAUAAUCUCGAUGCCUCGAUCGUUUAUCGCGGUUACACGUACUUCUUCAAGGGCGACGCUUAUUACCGAUUCAACGACAGGACGUUCUCCGUGGACGUUGCUGAUCCGGCGUUUCCAAGGUCGACGGCCUACUGGUGGUUCGGGUGCAGAUCUGCAAACAAAGGAACAUUAGGUAAUGUCCAAUGGCUACGCGAUAAUCCUGAAGACGCGUUCUCGAAUUCCGGCAUCCUGGAAACCGUCGGCGGUGACUUUGAGGACGACGGUGACAGAAACGGUGACGUAGGAGACAUCAUUCUAGACGCAGGCGAGACGGACGAGCAGCUAGUCACGUCUUCCAAUCAGGACGCGGGCUCUGCGGCGGAAAGCGUUUUCAAAUCGUCGUCGACGUGGUGGUACAUUUCCCUCAAUCUGAUGACCAUAAUCGUCGCUAGAAUAAUCGCCACUACGUAAAGAAAUCUUUCGACGGUGAUUAUUGAGCGACAGAAUCAUCGAUGAAAGGAACGUUUGAACUGAACUUUUAAACAGGGAAACCGUGGUAUUAAAUGUGCUCCGAGCACGGAGAGGGAAAACAGUGCCAAAACGGCAAUGUGCUAAUUUAUGCUCGCGUACCGUGUGCGUUAAUUCUUUUUUUUUUGGGUUAACGAACACGUUUACGAAAGUUCGUUCGUUAUCCCCCCUCAAUCUCCCGUGAAACAAUCAUUCCAGUUGCUUUAUCGUAACUGUAAGUGUUUUGCAGUAUGUCUUGAGAUGUGCGAUUUACGCAACUAUUCCGAGUUUCUUUAUUAAUCGAUAAAAUACGACGCACCUUACAAGGCAUCCUGUAUAUAUGUAAAGUAUACAAUUACAUGUAAAAUAUGUUUAUACAUAAUGUUAUAAGUCGCAUGCAAUAAUGUGUCACCAAACCUUUUACACUGCCUAUUUAUUCUUUAUUCGUACAUCAUGGUUUGUAAAGACGUUACCGUCGAAGGCACUUAUUUUGCGGGUUCAUGCAAAACAUAAAUUUCAACGAGACCCCAAGGUUUAUCGGGACACGACAAACAGCGAAUAAAGAAAACGGUGAAUUGGUUUUUCGACUGACAGUAUUAUGAGUAUUAUAGAGUUUAUUUUUAUUAUUUCUCGCGUAGAAUAGAAAUAAUUCUCGGGAUGUAUGGAAGCAAGAAGGUUGGAAAAAAGUUGUUGAAACCUAUAUAAAGAUAUCUGUAAUACUCAUAGUAGUAACUGUACCAAAAAAAUAUUUAUCUUCCGUACAAGUGCCUUAAAAUGUCUUCAAAACUUUGUAAUAAAGUACACCCUUUUUUUGUAUAAAUAUCUACAAUUUGUUGUUAUCGGUACAUUGGUUAAAGAAUAAUUGCUAUAACUAUUCACUUUACUUUUGUCCGCACAAACGAUUCUUUACUUGCAAAUUCUUUUAUCUUAUAUAUACCGUUUUCCAUUUCUUUCGACAAGCUUCUUUUCAUUUCAAUAGUAUGUCUCAUUAUGUAGUAAAACGUUAUAAUAAAUAAUAUUAAUAAUAGGUACAUAUUAAUUUCUGAUGACAAUGUUAUGAAAUGUGAGAUUUAAUAUAGUACGCGAGAACAAUAGUUUUUAUUAUUUUGAAAAUAAACUAAUUAUCUGUAUUAUGCUUUGAAACCAAAAUGACAUUAAAAGCAAUAAUGUAUAGUGUAUGUUGUACGCGCUACGUGAAUAUAAGUAUACUAUGAAUUAGGUCUUUCAAGACAUCUCUCUUUCAUAUGUUACUUCAAAUUUAGGGUAAGAAUAAAAAAAUAGUUAAAUAACUUUCAAUUACUGUAGUAAAGGCGUGAAAAGUAUUUACAAUUCAUAGUAUACAUAUACAAUUGUAGAAACAUUAAUGACAUUACCAUAUGUUUCUUUAUAUUCUAAGGAAUAUCUCUGUAAGUUUGUUAUAAAUAAAUAAUUGCGUACUUAAGAAUUACCUAGUAUAUAAGAAUGAACGAAGCACAAAAAGCCUUGUACAGUUUUCUAAUGAUUGUUAAAUAAAUUGUUUAAAAAAACAAAUACCUACAACACACGCAAAGUUUUAUAUUAUCAUUGUUUAAAAUUUGAAUUUUAUACAUAAAUGCAGCAUAUCAUUAACACGGUGCGAUGUACAAGGCCUUUAUUUGCAUUAGAUCUUCUGUCAGGGCAAUAAAAUGAUUCAUAUUGAAACUUGCCACAUUGUGCUAUGCCCUGAUAUUGUACAUACUGUAUCAAUAAA